AUGGCGAGUGGCGACAAGUCUCAGACGCUGGAGAUGCGAGAGGAGAAAACUUCUGCACUCAGCAAUGAGCCUGAGCUGGCGGAGGCGCUGCGCAAUUACGUGCCCCGAUCGGCGGAGGAGAAGAAGCUCGUGAGGAAGAUUGACUUGUUUCUCAUGCCGAUUUUGUGGAUCAUGUAUGUUCUCAAUUAUGUUGACCGAACCAACAUUGGCAAUGCCAAAAUCGCGGGUAUGGCUACAGAUCUGGACCUCGACGAUGACCGCUACGCUUGGGUUCUGUCCAUCUUCUUCUUCGGAUACCUUAUUUGCGAAGUCCCUUCAAACAUGAUUCUCAGUCGAAGCCGACCUUCCCUGUUCCUGCCGGCCAUUAUGCUCAUCUGGGGCGUGCUGAGCGCAUUGAUGUCCAUAUCCAAAACAUACGGUGCGCUUUUGGGCUUCCGGUUCGUGUUGGGAUGCAUUGAGGCUGGUUUCUUCCCUGGUGUUUUGUACUACCUCAGCUGUUGGUAUACCAAGGCAGAACUAGGCAAGAGAUUUGGCAUCUUUUAUACGGCUGCCGUGCUCUCAGGGGCAUUUGGUGGCAUUCUAGCCGGCGCCAUCACCGAGCAUUUACACAACGCCCACGGCAUUGCCGGCUGGCGCUGGCUGUUUAUUGUGGAGGGUGUUGCGACUGUCGGUGUGGCCAUGAUUGCAGUCUUCCUUUUGCUUGAUUACCCGAGUACGUCGAAGCGAUUGACUCCCGAGGAGCGCAAGUUGGCCGCUAUUCGAAUCAUUCACGAUGGAAUUGCGACGGGCGGCCACACGAACAAGCGCUUGAGCCAUUGGCAGGCCUUUUUGGCCGCCAUCGCCGAUCCCAGAACAUACAUGUUUCUCAUAUUAUUCAUGCUGGAUGUCGGUGCUGGUACCAUAUCCUAUUUUAUCCCCACAAUCAGCCAGACAAUGUACGCAGACAGCGUCAAGGCUCAAUACAUGACAGUCCCCAUCUACGUAGUCGCCGCAGUGUGCCUCAACAUCCUCGCCUGGUCGUCCGAUCGCACCGGCGACCGACGCUGGCACAUCACCAGCGCCCUCGCAGUAGGAUUCGCAUGCAGCGUGGUGUGCGCCGCCGUGCAGACCUCCAUCGUGCGCUACGUCAUGGUGUGCUUCGUCGCAGCGGGCAUCUGGUCCGCCCUGCCGCUCAUACUGUCGUGGACCAGCAACACCGUCAGCCUGCCGCCCGAGAAGCGCGCCAUUGUGCUGGCGCUUGUUAAUGCGUUUGGGAACUUUUCGAGCGUCUACGGAAGUCGCAUCUGGCCAAAGGAUGAUAGUCCUGCGUUUCACAUUGGGUUUGGUGUCACGGCGGGGUUUCUGGGUGCUGGGAUGGUGUUGGCGGCGCUUAUUCCUGUGUUUUGUAAGUUUGUUACUUGGAAGGGGACGAGGGCGGAGAAGGAGCUUCGACAGUCGCCUUCUGAAGAGGGGGAUUAG